AUGGCCUCCACUCAGAGCCUUAAAUCCCUGUCCAAGGAUAAUAUUAACCAAAAUAUUGUCUCCGCCCAAUAUGCCGUCCGUGGCGAGCUCGCUAUAAAAUCCGAAGAGUAUCGCGCCCAACUGAAGUCCCAGUCCGCCAAGCCCAGCGACCCCCCCACCCCUCCAGACUCCUCCUCCCACCAGUCCUCGCUGCCUUUCGACACCGUCAUAUCCGCCAAUAUUGGUAACCCUCAACAGCUCGACCAACGGCCCAUCACCUUCUUCCGUCAAGUGCUCGCUCUGCUCGAGAACCCUCCACUCCUCGAGCACCCCGACGUAUUAGAGUCCACCUUUGGCUACCCUCCCGAUGCCAUUGCCCGCGCGAAGCAUCUGCUGUCGGAGAUUGGCUCCGUCGGCGCCUACUCCCAGAGUGCAGGAGCCCCUGCCAUCCGUCAGUCAGUUGCCAAGUUCAUUGAGCGCCGUGAUGGCUUCGAGGCCGACUGGCAGAACAUCUACCUCUCCGCGGGCGCCUCUUCGGGCGUCAACACCCUCCUCAAUGUCAUGCGUGGAUCUGCAAACACUGGUGUAUUAGUCCCUAUUCCCCAGUAUCCGCUUUACACGGCAUCCUUAUCCGUCCUCAACGCCACAUGCGUUCCCUACCUACUCGAUGAAUCCAAGUCAUGGGGCACAUCGCUAGAUGUCAUCAAGGAGAGCUACGAGCGUGCCGUUGCCGAAGGCACCGACGUGCGCGCCAUCGUCGUCAUCAACCCCGGCAACCCCACAGGAGCCAGCCUCAGCGAAGACGACAUCAAGUCCGUGAUCCGCUUCGCCGCCGAGCGCAAACUGGUCGUCAUGGCCGACGAGGUGUACCAGACCAACGUCUUCAUCGGCAAGUUCCACAGCUUCAAGCGCGUGCUCCGACAGCUGCAGCAGGCCGAGCCGGGCACCUUCGACAACGUCGAGCUCGCGUCCCUGCACUCGAUAUCCAAGGGCAUGGUGGGCGAGUGCGGCCACCGCGGCGGCUACUUUGAGCUCGUGGGCUUCGACAAGGAGGUGCAAGCGCAGAUCUUCAAAUUCAUCUCCAUCGUCCUCUGUCCGCCCGUCAUCGGCCAGUGUCUCGUGGACCUCAUGGUGAACCCACCCAAGGAGGGCGAGCCCAGUUGGCAGCUCUACGACAAGGAGUACAACGGCAUCAAGGAAGGACUGAGGGAACGCGCUACGGCGCUGUACAAGGCCUUCAACGAGAUGGAGGGCGUUGAGUGCGGCGAACCACAAGGAUCAAUGUACCUUUUCCCGACGAUCCACCUCCCCCAAAAAGCCACCGACGCCGCCAGCGCCGCGGGCAAGAACCCAGACGACUUCUACUGCCUGCGCCUCCUGGACGCCACCGGCAUCUGCGUCGUCCCCGGCAGCGGCUUCGGCCAGAAACCGGGGACCCUGCAUCUGCGCACCACGUUCCUCGCGCCCGGCACGGAUUGGGUGGGGAGGUGGACCAGGUUCCACAAGGAGUUUAUGGAGAAAUAUCGCGACUGA